AUGAGUUUAUAUUACAGUUUGAUUUUUGCUAUCUUAGUAUUUGAAGUUGUUCUAUUUGCAAUUUUGGCACUACCAAUACCAACUAAGUAUCGUAAGCCUAUUACAUUGGUAUUAAUUAAGCCGUUCCAGAACUCCACAAUACAAAUAUCCAUCAAAUGUAUACUGGGCUUCAUUGCUUUACUCUUUGUAGAUGCUAUAAACAAGGUCUACAACAUCAAUUUAGAAUUGAACAGCGAAUUGAAUCCAAAUAGUGAAAAGAUCGAAAUUUUAUCUCGAAAAUUUCUACAACAACGUAACUUAUAUUUAACUGGUAUAACAUUAUUCUUAACUUUUGUCGUAAUGAGAACUUUUGGGUUGGUUCACGAAUUGUUAAGAUUAAAGGAAAUUUACAGAAGUGAUGAACCAAAGAAACAAAUUAACGUAAAAUUGACAAAGGACGAAUUAUUGAAAGAAAUGGAAUUGAAGGAUAAAGAAAUUAAACGCUUGAAGGAAAAAGCAGCCUCUUUAUCAAAUGAAUUGUGA